CACACCCUCUUUAAAAGCUGAGACUCCACACCUACUAAUCACUUUUGUUCCAGCAACCUGCUCAGUAGAGAAGCAAUUAGCCAAAAUGAUACCUGGAGGCUUAAGUGAAGUCAAAUCUGCCACUCCAGAAGUCCAGGAGAUUGCUGACAAGAUUAAAUCACAACUUGAAGAACAAACAAAUGAAUCUUACGAAGAAUUUGAAGCAGUAGAAUAUAAAACCCAAGUGGUUGCUGGAGUGAAUUACUACAUUAAGGUGCACGUUGGUGAGAAUCGUUAUAUUCACAUAAAAGCAUUCCGAAGUCUUCAACAAAAUGAGUCUCCAAGACUUCUUGGCUACCAGACUGACAAGAACAGGGAUGAUGAGCUGACAGGAUUUUAGUUCCAAAAGUGAUGUGAUUCCUUCCUCUGAUUAUUGCUGAUUAGUGAUGUCUGCUAAUAAAUGUGACUAUUAAAAAAAUA